UGUGGAAAGUGAACAUAAUAUUUUAGCUGCAGCUCAUUCAUUUUCAGUUUUGUAUUGUUAUAAAUAAAAAAAAGCUCACUGUUGUUGUGCCCAUAACCUAGGUUUAUGGUGCCAUUUAGCUCCUAGCUUUCAUAUCUGUUUUUAACACUGUCUAGAAAGGGAAGCCGCUUCUUUCACUUUAGCUCUCUCAUCUAUUUCAUUGCUUAAUUUCUCUGUUCUUUAACUUGUUCUGACAGUCUUUUUCUCUCCCAUCUGCAGCUCUCAUCUUCUUGUCCGUUUAAGAUAUCAAAUGUCUUUUUUGUUAUUCUGAAUGCUUUUUCUUUUGUCAGUUUGAAUCUUUCUCCCUCAGCUCUCCUAGGCACUGUUAGGGUUAUUAAUGGAAGCAAGGAAGCCCAAAUCAGGGAACCAGACCACCAGUGGCCUGAGACAACUGUCAGGGCCUCCUCUCCCCACUUUCCCUGUGGCUGUCUAAGGACAUGAGCCCCGGAAGAAGGCAGAAGCAAGUUUCAGGGAGCAAGUGCUGUCAGCUGGUCCUGGCAGGGAGCUAUCAGUGCCCUAAGAGAACUGAUGGAACAGCGCCACCUUCUCUGGGAGUCCUUAAGACCUUUGUAUCCUGAGGUAGGGCAAGGAAACCCACGCCAAGCACCAUCAACAGCUGAGAAGCCCAUCAGUCAGAGAGGAUUCCCCUGCACUAUAGUUUAUACCAUUUCUUUGUUUUAGUACUUUUAAGUGGUAAACUGCCUUGGGUCUUGGCAGGAAAUAAUUGCAGUAAAAACAUGGAACUGUUUUCUGGAGUCCUCCUGCACACUCUAGGAAAGAGCACGCACUGCAUGUGAACCAAUUGCCCAGCUUCUAUAUAUGAGAAAAGUUUGGGAUCUGUAUGGUCUGUUAUAGUUUUUUGUCAAGGAAGGGUAUGUGUGAAAAACUAGCUUCAGCCAUAUUUCCAUUGCAGAGCAUCACCUUGAGGGGAGCCCCCUAAUGGAACUCCCAUCACCCCAUCCCCGCCAAUAUACUUCUUCAAGCUCUUCUGUCUGAUUUGCUCUUUUUCCUCUUGUAAUGUUGAUAUUCUUUUCCACAUGCGGGUUGAGUCCAACCACAGCAGUUAACCAGAUGCUCCCGAGAAGCUCACAGGAAGGGCCCAAUGGAGAAAGCCAUCCUCAGCAUUCCCAAGCUUCUGCUAAUCAGAGCUUCUAUCCAUCAAUAAAAUGGUUUGAAAAGCAGGAUGUUGUUGUUCUGAAGGUAAAAUUACAAAAUAUUACCAGCCAUGACUGCAAGUUUUUCUCCCAGAGGAUUGUUUUCAGUGCUUCCGUAGAAGACAGAUUUUAUUUGGCUGAUAUGGAGCUGCAGAAAAAUAUCAUCAAAGAAAAAUCAGCUUGUGAUCUUAAGAAUGGUGAACCUGUGAUUACCCUUGCAAAAGAGAAGGCUGAACCUUGGUGCAACUUGCUGAAGCACAAAAAUUCCCACGUCUCCUUUGAUUUUGAUUACUUGGAUGAUUCUGAAGAAAGAAGUCCCUUUUCUGCUGCAGGCACAGGCCCCAAGAAAGUGCACCUGGUUUCUACAGAGGAGGAAGAGGAGGAGCACUCCUCAGAUGACAGUGACACCGAGAGUGAUUUGUCCAUUUGUUAAUUCUGGUUUGGAAAUGGGGAUUAAGAACCAGGCUGUCACAUGAGAACCCGCAGCUUGGGUGGCAUUUCCAUAAUGAAAGCAUUUUAGCUUUUUGAACAUCAGUAAAAGUUCUAUGACCAUGAUUUUGAAGAGGGUUGUCAUGGUGGGAGGGUGGGAUGUUUGCUGUUCGACUUAACUGCCAUAGACUGAUCACAUGUACAAUUGAUUUCAGUGAGUUUUAAUUCAAGGUAAAUUUGCUCUGAGUAGAAGAGUUGUGAUUUUUGCUAAGUACCUAACCGUGAAACCAAUGGAGGGAGGUGAAAAUCCUCUCUCUGUGUGUGUGGCUAUUCUUGGAGCCUGUUUCAAAAAGAAAGCACAGCUUCUGGCCUUUUCCUCACAAAACAAAUUAUCAAGCCUCAUACAGAUAUUAGACAAAAGGAGUUAAGAGUAGAAACUGUCUGGGAAGCACCAUUCAAGUUCUUAAAUGUAACUUGGAUUUCUUAGCCAUUACAACCCUCAGAAUAUUUCCCCUCAUGCUACCUUGGAAUCUUUUCCUUCAGAAUUUUUCCUGCGGCUUUAUAAUCCGUUGUAAAGCAAAGCAGUUGUGCACAGUGGUGAUUAUUGACUACAAAGGACAUUAUAACAGAAUGGAUGCUGGCAGAAUGAAACUGUUUUUGGCAAUAGAGUAAUGUGCUUCUAUGAAGCAAUGAAUUUCUGAGUUACACUUGGAUAUGUUUCAUGAAGUACCAUUUAUUUAGGAAAGUGAAUUGUGAACAUUCAGCAUGUUAACAUCUAGAUGAGGUUUCUGUAGUAGGUAGGAAAAUGGAGAAUAGGUUUUAAUCCUUUCCAGCAACCUGUUUAAAAUGACAAUGUGCAAGCCAAAACCAGGCAUUGUCCUUGCUUGUAAUGGCCACAUAAAGCAUUUGUGUUUUCAGCCUCUGGCAUCCAUUGAUACCAAGUGUUUGGUGUGAUGUCAUGUCCAUGUUGUAUUGCUAGAGACAAGUGUUCAGUCUAACAAUAUUUAGUUCUGAUCUUAAUUUCUUUUUAAAAAUGUAGCCAUCAAAACCAGUUUAAUACUGGUGAUGUACUAAGUGUACCCUUUGUUAGCUGUAUCUUAAGGUGUAAAACUAUAAGAUGCUGACUGAUCUGUGCAGAAAAUAUUUUUGUUUUCAGAAUAUGAGAACUAAUUUGAAAGCUUAAAGUAGUUGAUUAGAAAAAUAGUUCUGGUUCUUUGAUCAGUUUGUUUUGUGUGGAAUUGUUUGGGCCAACACAGCUGAUGCAUUACAUCUAAUUUUUCCUGCUCUAAUAUGGUAGAUAAUGAAAGUUAAAUCAUAUUAUAGGUCUCCCUUGAACAUCAAUAUUCAAAUUGGUUAGUUAACUAGACACUAUUUGUUUGAGUGCUCUCUUUCUGUACAUUUUUAUAUUGGCACAAAGAGCUGUGGGUAUGUGUAAGAAGAAUUAGAAUCAAAGGGUAUACCUGUGUUGUUAUCUGGAUCCAGGAGCUGUGAGGGGCUGGUAGAUCCACUUAAUCAAAAGAACCAAAAAUAUAAUACAGUGGACGCUUGGGGUUGUGAAUGUGAUCCGUGCGGAAGGCACAUUCGCAACCUGCAGCGUUCACAACCCGCAGUGUUGUGUCUGCGCACGCGCGGAUUGCGAUUCAGCGCUUCUGUGCAUGUGCCGAAACCCAGAAGUAACCUGUUUCAGUACUUCCGGGUUCGGCGGGGAGCGCAACCCGAAAAGACGCAACCUGAAGCGGCUGUAACCCGAGGUAUGACUGUAAAGUACUGCUACAAUAAAUACAACUUUCCCUACCUGUUCGCAUAGCAGUAUAACAAAAAGUAAAGUGAAGGAUGCCCAAAUGACUGUCAGAUGCACAGGCAUAGUUAUAUAUUAUAGUCUCUUUGAUAUACUUAUUACUAAGUUUAUAUGCUGCCCUGCAUCCAAAGAUCACAAGGCAGUAUGCUUAACAAAAUAAUUGCCCUGUUGACAUUAAAUACAGUAUUAGAUAAAUAGUACCUUUUAAGAGUAUCCUCCAAUGGGGAGCAGCAUUCUGUCACUGAAUUGACAGCCUCUCUGGAAGCUGCAGAUAUUAGUUGCAAUGGGUUCUAACAUACCCUCUAAUGCCUGCAUCCUAUUUUCUAAAUGCCCCUACUUUUUCCAGUUAAAUAUUCCCACUCCACAUUGUCAAAUGUGUAACAGUACAGUGCAACAACAGUUUACUCUAUAAAAUGAAUAUGGCAGCAAUUGUUGAGCUUUCAGUGUUUCACAUGAUUGACCCAAAUGAUGUUAUAACAGUUGGGCAUCUCUGUAUAUCAUACAUGCAAUUAGAUCAGAGGUCUUUGAAAGUUGGAUGUUGUGAUAAACCCUUCUUAAGGCCAUAAUCCUAUGCAAGCCAUAGGAAAAAGUUCCAUUGAGUUCAAUGGGGAAUACUCCCAGGUAAGUAGAUAGAGGAUUGCAGCCUUAUUCAGGAGCUGUACUCAAGUAGGACCUGCUUCCAGCUAAAUGUGUAUAGGGCUGCACUGCCAGUGUUUUUCCAAGAGUUUGGUCUUUGCAACCUCCAAGACUGAUUUUCAUUUCCACAAACUGGGUCAAAGAAAUUGCAGGGAAGGGGUGUUGAAUCCCUUUGACAAUUUUUUGCUGCAAAUAUGUAUCUUCUGUAGGUAAAAGCAGGAUGUCAGGGGAGAAAUUUGAAUUGGGCGGGGGGGGGCAUGCUCCUCCUGUUUCUGUUUCUCCUGCCAGUCCACCUAUCCAAUGUGGGACCCUUGCUGCUCCUUUUAUUUUGAAAAUUAAGAAACUAGCAGUUUCAUUUGCCAUGUAAAAUUUUGUUUGGUUUUUAGCAUAGAACCAGGGGCAACACAGCCCUGCAGUUUCUCAGAAUCCUCAUACAGUGAGUUCUAAUGAAAAGAAUAAUAUGGUAAUUGGUGAUGGUUUAAGUACUUGGUAUUUCAUAUGAAUACUUAUGGAAAAGGUUAUUUAUGCCUGUUAGAAAAGCAAUAAAGAACACUCUUAAAACCAGCCUUUAUGUCUUUGGAGUUGUAAGAAACUAUUUAUUUAUUAAAUAGAAAAUGUAAUAAAAAUAUACCAAAGGCAUUUGCAACAAGUCACAAAACAGUAAUGUUGGAACUUUGACUUUUCAGAGUGCACAAGGAAUCUAGAGAAGGCCAAAGGAAGGGAGGGAAAGAGCAUCUAGUGUUCCAUUUACCAGCAGUUCAUUCCAUGUUUGCAGCAGUAAAAAAUUCUAAAUCUUUGGUUUUCCUGCACAUCUUUCACAAAAGUAAUUUUGAAAAGCAACAAACAUGUCUGUUCCAAGAUCGCUACCUGACUUUGAGAUUAUUUCCACUUACUUGCCUGCUAUCUCAGUAAUGAGACAGCUGAGCACUGCAUGGAAAACCUUGCUUCCACAUCCCAAACAUAUUGUGGAACCCUGACCCCAAACCAAUGGUAAGAGGAAUGGUGGUAGCCAAAUCAAAGAUGUAGCUUCUUGGAUCCAGCCUACACAACCACAGCCAAUUUUUACUUUUAUUAUCUGCCUAGUGGCAACUUUGUUUUAGAGGGGAAGACAUUUUGCAAGUAGGGAAAUUGGUGUGGCAAAAGUUCUUUUUUAUGGAUGUUGUGAUAAAUCCAUUAAAUCUUUAAGGUGGUACAAGGCUCCUUGAUGUCUUUCCUUUGGAAUUAGAUUAAAAAUGUUGCUUAAGCGUCUGUCUUUGCAUGCACGCCUUUUCAAAAGAUGUAGCUGUGCAGGAUACUGAGGUAGAGACAUGACAGCAGCAAACCAAGCUCAGGCUCCCUGAGUGCCAAAACAACCUUAUAUGGGCAACCAAGGAUCUGCCUUUAAGCCUCAUGCUGGACAGACUCUCCCCAUCUAAUACACAAACCAUUGUGCCUGCAAAAAUCUGCUCCAGUGUUGAGAUACAUCCCAUCAUCUGCUCAUGUUUCAUUGUGUCAAGGCAGAGGCAUACUUUGAGAAGCCUCAGCCUAGUCCAGUGUAUUACUUUUCUUGACCUCUUCAACCGCUGGAGUCAAUAUCAUAUGGAUUAUGUCUAGAUCACAUGUCUUUCUCCCUCCCAGAUGUUCACCUGUCAUUUCAUUUGGGUUUCUACCCUUUAUAAAUCUGUAAGACAUUUAAUAGAUGAGAUUUCAUCUUUGCGCUUCCAUGUUUGUUUGCUGGUAGAUGGCACUGUAAUACUGCAUGUUCCGUCCUUUCAGCUUGCUGAGAAAAUAAUGUAGAAAUUCCAUACCUGAAAUCAAGUCCAUGGCCUACAACUCCUCAGGUCUUUUCCCCCAUACAGAUAUUUUCUUAAGAUGUUGCAAAUCCCUGAAUUCAAUGUGUUACAAAAACAAAUGCAUUUUACAGGGGAAAAGAACAGAACGGUGUCUUUUUCAGGACGCUUACUGUCUCACAAAUGUCCCCUAUCCUCAGCAUUGAGACCAAUAGUUGUGGACAUGAUGUAUCAUACCUGCUGAACUAUUUCCAGGAUCUAGCCUUUUGAAUGAUGGAAAAAUUCAAUGUUAUUCAGAAACGUCUUCUGGUGGAACUACUUCCAUAAGCAUCUGAAGGUGCAUAGUGAUGGGCUCUGAAACACAGAAGUUGUUGAGGUCAGAAAUGGCCUCAUUUGCACUGUUAGUACCAUUUCUUUUCCUAGAUCAGCGUUUCUCAACCGCUGUUGCGCGGCACACUAGUGUGCCGCGACGUGCGGCGAUGAGAAGGGCGAUUUGCAUUGUCACGUGCCUGGCGGCCGCCAAUACACAGCACUAACCCGCCGGAAAGCAAUAUUUGGCAAGUGUUUCUUACAGUCAUAAUUAUAAUAUAGGGCGGCACAGAGUUAAAUUUUUUAACUUUUUUAAUGGUGGUGUGCCUCGUGAUUUUUUUCACGGAACAAGUGU